UGGUUUUAACAGUCACAUCGCGGCUAUGAUCAGGUCUCUCAGGCUUGCUUUUGCUAUCAGUCGCAAGUUACAAGCGUCGAGUACCGAUGUGAGAGUUUCACGGAACACGGCGCGGCUUUGAGGUUAAUUCUCGCCGUUCGCUGCGAAACACAUGAGUUAUCGAUCAAGUACCCGCGGCAUUUAGCGCGGCCGUUGCACGCUCUCUUACUGGCCCGCGAGUGUGACAAUGCUAACGAACAGAUCGGCGUGUCGCAAUAGGUUAAGAUCUCGCCGGAAUCCCGUCGGUCGUACCGCCAGUGAACAGCCGCAGCAACAGUGACGUUCAACGACACUGAAGCGACGAAGAUGAGCCGGCUAUGGAAUUAUUUGGUAUUUCAAGCAUGGAUGUCCUAUCUAAUGGCAGCCGGGCUGUUGGUCUUCACCAGUGGCUUCCUGCUGAAUCGUGUCUCCCGACCGGAGCGCGCUGAGUGUGCGCGCUGUAUGCCGGACGCCGGUUGCGAUGUCGCCGGUAUCCUUCAGGACACGGACCACGCCGCUGAGGUAUGCCUGGAGCGGAAAGCGCGGGUCGUGCUGUUGAUCGUCGACGCGCUCAAGUACGAGUUUGCCGAGUGGUACGACGACGACGUCUCCAUGUCCAGCUAUCAUCGCAACAAGCUGCCGGUCAUUCACGAGCUGCUGCAGAAGCAGCCGUCGCACUCGCGUCUCUACAGGUUCGUGGCCGACCCGCCUACCACGACUAUGCAGCGGCUCAAGGGCCUGACUACUGGCUCAUUGCCCACCUUCAUUGAGGUCGGCUCGAACUUCGCGUCCGGGUACAUUAACGAGGACAAUCUGAUCGACCAAAACGCCGCCGAUGGUAUCGUCUUCAUGGGCGACGAUACGUGGACCAAUCUGUUUCCGGGUAAGUUCAUGAGGCAGUUCCCUUCACCGUCCUUCAACGUCUGGGACUUGGACAGCGUGGACAAGAACGUGCAAUACCGUAUCUUCUUCGAGAUGAAGAAGAAGGAUUGGUCCUUGCUGAUAGCGCACACGCUAGGGGUCGAUCAUUGCGGACACAAGCACGGUACGCAACAUCCGGAGAUGUCCAGGAAACUCAAGGACACAAACAAGCUCAUCACGGAGAUCGUGGAGUCCCUGGAGAAGGAUAUGAUGCUCUUCAUCAUUGGAGAUCACGGUAUGACGGAGACGGGAGAUCAUGGUGGGGACAGCCCGAGCGAGAUCGAGGCUGCGAUGUUUGUCUACUCGACGACUCCGUUGGUCAAAGGAUUCGCGAUCAACAGUAGCAACAGCGUGAACCAGGUUGACCUAGUUCCCACCUUAUCGUCGAUUCUCGGCACGCCGAUUCCCUUCUCCAAUCUAGGCUCCGUGAUACUCGAUUGUCUGCCGAGUCAGACGGUGGCCACUGAUCGUUUGUUACAUCCGUUGCAGUCGCUCUGGCGAAACAUCGCUCAGACGAAGAGGUACAUAGAGAUAUACUCCGCAGAUGCGAACCUGUUCUCGAAGGAGCAGUUGCAGAAUUUGGAUCACGUGUACAGUCUCUUGUCAGAGCGCGUGAAACACGUGGACAGUCCGGAGGAGCUCGAGGCGUUCGUCCGCGAGACCAAGGGCUACUUCAAACUGCUGAAGGACACGUGCUCGGAGGUAUGGGUCCAAUUCGACUCUGGUCUGAUCUCCAAAGGUCUGCUGCUGAUGUUCUGCUCCUUGUUCUUCUUCUACCUCUUCGUUACCGGCAUCCCCGAGAGUCGCAUGUGCGACAUCUUCAAAUCCUCGUUUCUACAAUGCGCGGUGAUCGCGAAUCUGAUCACCGUGACGAUUACUACAUGUCUCUUCUUACUGGACGUGCUGGAGGAGCUGAAGAACAUGAUCUUCUUCGCCACCGGCGCGGUCUCCAUCGGCUUCCUCGUACUGGUGAUCGCUCAGAAUUGGGACGUAAUCUCGAUGUGUUGGUAUGAACAUCGUAGGAUUAAGCUGUUGACCUACGUGUCCAGAAUAAUACUGCUAUUGACGGUGUGCGGGCUCUUCUCCAAUAGCUACAUAGUCGAGGAGGACAAGGUAUUGUCCUUCUUGAUCAUUACGCUUCUCUGCCUGCUGGUGUUCGACCUGAGGAGGAGCGAUUCCGACAGCGGUGCCGAGAGGAAGACCAGCAGGUUCUUCGGCUCGAGGCCGUCGAGGCCGAAUUUCCGCACGAUCGUGUUGGUCGUCGGUCUGGUGGCGUGCGUCUCGGUGAGGCUGUCGCACUACUUCUGGCGUUGCCGGGAGGAGCACCUGCAGCGUGCGUGUUCCACCAACGCCACCGGCAAGGUCGAUUGGUCCACGGUGUCGAAUAAUUGGGAGCGUGUCUUACCCGCCGUGGUGAUCCUGGCGUUGUACGUGACGGUAGUGAGACUUUGGCUGCGGGAUCGUGGGAACCUUACCGGCUUCGCCCCCAGCGUCAUGGUAGGCCAAUACUGCUCGAUCCUCAUCGGCGUCUGCAUCAGUUGCUACUGGGUCCUGCAGAAGCUGCCCAAGUCCUACAAGGUGAAGUUCGUGUUGUCCUGGCAGGUGAAUAACGUGCCGAACGUGGUUUACUUUCUCUGCGUGCUCGCGAUCCUUGUUCUCUACUAUCGUCCGCUCAGCAUCUACGUGCUGCCGAAAAAGCGGGAAUCCAUCGAGGUGUACCGCGAGGAGAAUCUGGUGCCGCGCUUGUUCGAGAAGAUCAAGGACUCGAUCUCCCGCAAGCGGAUAGACACCGACGACACUCCGGUCAUCUGCGGUAUCGGGACCACCUACAGCGCCGCGUUCAUCUCCCUCAGCGUAUUCCUCACGUUGCUGUACUCCUUGUUACUGGGAGACUCUCUGUCGCCCAGCACGUUCUUGAUGGUUGUGACGUGCACCGCCGUGUUGGGUUUGUCCGCGAUCGAGAGAUAUAAAAACGCUAAUACUAUCUCUGAACUGCUCGACGUUUCCAUGCCCGUGCUUCUCUGCUGGUUUUUACUGGCGGAAUAUUUUUUCUACGGGACCGGUCACCAGGCGACGUUCCCCACUAUUCAUUGGCAUGCCGCUUUCGUAGGAACCGGCGGCCACUUUUACGGGCAUCUAAUGUCUGCGAUUUUGAUCGGUAUCAACACGUUCGGCUCGCAUAUUAUCUUGGGAGUGACAUUGCCGCUAUUGGUGAUAGUGCCGUUCACCCUGCACCUGGUGUUUCCAAAGUUCCUCAAGGCCAAGUUUCUCGAGGACGAUAUGAAGAGGGGUGAACUGCUCUUCCUCUUGUCCGAGCAGGAUUCUGCCUUUCAAGCUGCGAUUUUCUCGGUCGCCGGGAAAUACGUGUUGCUUCACGGCAUCCGGACUUUCGGCAGUAUGUUAGCAGCGACUAUACACUGUCGACAUUUGAUGGUCUGGAAGAUCUUUGCGCCAAAACUGAUAUUCGAGGGACUGGGAUUCCUGGUGACGCUGUGCAGCGUGCUCGCGUCCUUCUAUCUGGUCUUUCGCAUCGAGCAACAGAUGGAGUACAUCAUUACAAGAAUCACGAAAGGCAGAUGAUAGUGACUCACUGGCGUGAACGGUGUUAUAGUACAAUCGGAUAGCAAAGUACCAAAGUCGUAAGUCGACACACCUCACUUUUGCCCGAAAGUCACCCGAAAGUGGCUCGUUACUUACGCGCGAAUUAUAACGCGAGAUUAUGUUCUCGGCGAUUCGAAGUAUUGUCAUCCAGCGCGACCCAACUUGAGUACCUGCUUGAAAUAUUGCAGAACAAAUGCGUUAUUCGAAAAAAAGAAAUGUUUCGAGCAAAAGCCUGAACAAAAUCGGACCAAGGUCACUGUCUUAUUCCCACCCCACCCCUCCGCCCUUAAAACCAAACAACUUUUGUCUGAAACUUUUCUUCGAAUAACGCAUUUCUUUCAAGAUAUUCUACGUGGGCAUUUUAAAUGGGUCAUCCUAUAUACACAUAUAUAUAGAACGGAAGAGCGGGCAACACACAAGUCUCUAUACUUACCACGAUACUGCCAAUAUUUCCACAAUUUUGUAUGAAAGUACGACGAGAUAGGGAAAGGUAGAAAGAGAAAGAGAGAAGACAAUGAGGGAUGAUGCGAAGUCGGAUAUAGAUAUAUACCUAGCGUAAAUUGUAAGCGACGUUUUUCGUACGGAAGUAACCUUCAGUAACUCUCCACUCGUUGCUCGAGAUAUUAACUCUAGUUCACCUCUCUCUCUCUCUCUCUCUCUCUCUCUCCUAUAGGGACGCUAUAACGUCGUAUAACCGACUGUGAUGCUUCCUAACACACUAACGCUACCCUGCGUGCAAUGCAUUGCUGAUUGUAGAACGAACGAAGCAACGCACUUGAUGCAGGAUUGCGUCCGUGUGCCGCGGUGUCUGCACGACUGAUGAGCGCAUCGGUGUGUGCGGCUGAUAUACUUUUAGUGAGUACGACAUUAGGCUAGAUUGUUAGUUGACCGUUAGUAUAUCCACCUUUCGUACCCCUCGGUACAGUAUUUCGUAGGGGAGGUGUCUCAUGUGCUGCGACCGCGAUGAGGAACGAACUCUGUGCAAUAAAUUCGGCGUUUCAGAACAAUUCUUUUCGUACACACAUACAUGUACACGUACAAAUCUUCGGAUAUUUUUGUGGACGACUCCGUUGACAAGAGCACUGCUCUCUUUCUCUCUCUCUCUCUCUCUCUCUCUCUCUCUCUCUCUCUCUCUCUCUCUCUCUCUCUCUCUCUCUCUCUCUCUCUCUCUCUCUUUCUCUUUCUCUCCAUCUUCGUUUCAUGUUGCUAGAUAUGUUUACUUUAUUGGUAAUAACGCACGCCCUCGUGUACACGUUUACUUUUACACGUUUGG